AUGUAUGGUGGCAUCGUUUCAAAAAGCCACUCCAGUGUUUAUGGGAGAUGGAAUCAAAACAAGAAGAAGAUAGUUGUUGAUUUCCACACUAACAGUACUGUCAAAGGUCACUACGUAGCGGGCGGUAGAAUUCUAAUUUUACCAAUCACUGGAGAUGGACAAAUUACGAUGAAGCUAAAAAAUGUAGCAAUCAAGUUCACAAUGGACUAUGAUACCGAGAAAGAUGGCGAAGGAAAAACUCAUAUUGUACCCAAAAAAUAUCAUUUUGAUUUCGAGGUAAAAGAUGGUGCACACUUUACGCUGACAAACUUAUUUAAUGGGAAUAAACAAUUAAGUGACGCGAUGCACACGUUCCUGAAUGACAACUGGAAACAGAUUUCAACCGAGUUUGGUAGACCGAUAAUGGCUUCAACAGCUGAUUCUAUAUACAAGAAUAUUAUUAUAUUCUUCCAGAAGAUGGCCAUUGACGAUAUUUCAAUUUCAUCGUAG